AACUGUGAUAAAAAAAUUGAAAAUUAAAUUUUAAAGUUACUUAAAUUUUUUAUAUUUGAAAAAGAAAAUAAAUAAUAUUGUUACUUAUGAAAAAUCACUUAAUUUUCUAAAAUUAUAUUUAAUAGAAUGUUUUUUAAUUAAAAAUAAAUUUACAUACACACAUACACGCAUAUACAUAUAAUAUUAUAUGUAAGUAAUAAAUAAUUGAAAAUGUGUUCAUAUUUUUGAAUUAAAAUAUUUAUGAAUUUAAAAUAUCGAAACAUUUAAUAUAGCAAAAGAAUAAGAAAAACAAGAAAUAAAAAAUAGCAAUAAAAAUUGUUACUGUCAUUUGUAUGUACUCAUGGAUGUGAAAAACGAAAAACGUAAAAAUUUAACAUAAAAAUGUUAAGAUAGUACCUGGCCUGAACGAAAACAAUAAAAAUUUUUUUUUUAUUUAACCUAUUUUUCAAUAAAAGCUUUCAUAUUACGAGUAUAUAUAAAUAUAAUAUUGUUCAAUUAAAGGUAUAAGUUUAUUAAAGAUACUAAAAAAUGGAUAGCUCAAAAAAACCGGAAAAGAAAAAUCCACGUAAAGGUGCUAAUAUUUUGUCACAAAUAUUAUUUUUUUGGUCAAUACCAUUAAUGUUUCGUGGUGCACGUAAUGGUUUAAAUACUGAUGAUUUAACAAAAUGUUUAAAACGAGAUAAAUCAGAGGAUCUUGGUGAUAAACUUGAAGAUCAAUGGCUGCGAGAAUUAGAAAUAGCACAUAGUAAACAAAGGAAACCUAAAUUACGUAAAGCGAUGUUAAGAGCAUAUUGGCCCCAAUGCGUUGUUGAUGGUUUAUUAUGCCUGUUUUAUACAAUUUUAAAAUCAGCUAUACCACUUGUAUUGGCCCAAUUAUUAUUUAUAUUUCAACAACCAGUAAAUGUAAUUGAUCCAGUCAAUGGUGUUCAAUUAAAUACAACACCAUCAAUAUCAUCAGAUAUUGUAAAUCGUUAUGAACGGAAUGCAUUUUUUUAUGAUGAUACCAUACAAUAUGCUGCCGCUAAUGAGAAUCAUGAGAAAAAAAAUCAUAUUUUUAAUUAUGUCCCAGAUAUUGAUGAUAAGAAUAAUGGAGGGCAAAACAACAUUGAAAAUACUAUUUUAAAAGAUAUUAAUAGAACUGGGAUUAAUGAUGACAAAAUUUACGAUAAGUCAGUUGAUGAUGUUGAGGAAACGAAUAUAUCUGCCAAUGAAAUUGGAACAGUUGAAGAAUUUUUUAUACAUAUUUGGAAUGAUGUUUAUUGGUUAACGGCAAUUCUUGUUCUUUCAACAUUAUUUGGAUGCUUUUUAAAUCAUCAUACUGAUCUUAGGCAAAGGCUGUUGGGGGCUCGAAUGAGAAUAGCAUGUUGUUCAUUAAUUUAUCGAAAAACAUUACGAUUGUCGAAAAAAACGGCUGGAUCAACACCAGCUGGUUAUCUAAUAAAUUUGCUCUCUAAUGAUGUGGGACGUUUAGAUUAUGGUUUUAUUUUUGUUCAUUAUAUCUGGAUAUUACCAAUACAAUCAAUUUUAAUAGCAUAUUUGAUAUGGUUAAGAAUAGGAUAUGCAGCAUUUGUUGGUGUUGCUGGUCUUCUAUUGAAAACGGUACCAGUUCAAACUGGUUUAAGUAAAUUAUCAUCGAAACUUCGUAUGAAAAUUGCUCAAAGAACUGAUAUAAGAGUUGGAAUAAUGAAUGAAAUAGUUCAAGGCAUUCAAGUAAUUAAAAUGUAUGCAUGGGAAAAGCCAUUUCAAAAAGUUGUUGCAGAAGCAAGACGACGUGAAAUCAAACAAAUCCGAUAUGCUUCAUUUUUACGUGGAUUUUAUUUAAGUACAAUGGUUUUUACUGAACGUUCAACAUUAUUCAUAACAAUUGCUGCUAUGGUCUAUUUAAAGGAAUCAGUUACAGCUGAUGUUGUUUUUUCUGCAGCACAAUAUUAUAAUAUUUUACAAUUAAUUGCAGCCAUAUUUUAUCCUAUGGCUGUCUCAUUUGGUGCAGAAGCUUUAGUUUCGAUUGAUCGUAUUGAAAAAUAUUUGCUAAUGGAAGAUCACGAUGAUAAAAUGAUCGGACUUGAACAUAAAACAGAUUUUUCAACAUUUGAUGAAAAUUCCAAAGCAAUUAUAUUAAGAGAAGUAACUGCAAGUUGGGAUCGUGGAGUAAGAAUAACAUUAGAAAAUAUUAACAUAAACGUUAAAAAGGGUCAAUUAUGCGCAAUUAUUGGACCUGUUGGAGCUGGAAAAAGUUCCUUAUUACAAUUACUUCUUGGCGAACUACCGAUAGUUGAUGGUAUUGCUACUAUACAUGGAGAAAUAUCAUAUGCUUGUCAGGAACCUUGGUUAUUUACUGGAACUGUAAGAAAUAAUAUAUUAUUUGGGGAGAAAUAUGAAAGAAAGCGAUAUGCGGAGGUAGCCAAAUGUUGUGCACUGUCGACUGAUUUUGAACAAUUACCUAACGGUGAUAAAACUAUUGUUGGCGAACGUGGUGCGUCAUUAUCAGGUGGUCAACGUGCUCGUGUUAGUUUAGCUCGAGCUGUAUAUAAAUCAGCAUCAAUUUAUCUUCUUGAUGACCCUUUAAGCGCUGUAGAUGCGCACGUUGGUCGCCAUUUAUUUGAUGAAGUUAUAGGUCCAAAAGGACGACUAGCAAAAGAAAAAGCUACUCGACUUUUGGUAACACAUCAAGUGCACUUUUUAUCUGAAGCUGAUUGGAUUAUAAUUGUAGAAAAUGGCAAAAUUUCUCAUCAAGGCACUUAUAAGGAUUUAUGUGAAAGUGAUCUGGAUUUUGCAAAACUAUUAGAAAAACCUGAAACAAACACUUCAGAAUUAAAUGAUAUGGAAAGCGAACUUUUAGAAGAUGAUGAUGAUAUUCCUUAUAUUGAUGGUGUUCCUGGCUAUCAACCCUUAACAAAAAAGAGAAGCCCAUCGGUAGGAUCUACAACUAAAAAAUCCUCGAGCGCCGAUACCAACGAAUCUGCGGAUGAUUUGGACACAGCAGAAGACCAGGCACAGGGUGGUGUAUCCUUCCAAGUAUGGAAAAGUUAUUUUUUGGCUGGAGGAACAAUAUUUGUAUUAUUUGCAUUACUAUUCUUCUUAAUAUUAUCACAAAUUAUAACAAGCGGUUCAGACUAUUUUGUUAAUAUUUGGACACAACAGGAAUAUUUAAGAAUGAACAAUAGAACGACAAUGUUAACGACAUAUGAAUGCUUAUACAUUUAUGGAAGCCUAAUAAUUGGAGUAGUUAUUAUGACAAUUUUGCGCGGUUGGUUAUUCUUCAAAAUUUGUAUGCACGCAUCAAAAGUAUUACAUGACAAAAUGUUUGGUAGUAUUUUACACACGACAAUGAGAUUUUUCGAUACAAAUCCAUCUGGCAGGAUUUUAAAUCGUUUCUCGAAAGAUAUGGGUGCUAUAGAUGAAAUGUUACCGAGGGCAAUGAUGGAAUUCAUUCAAAUUGCAUUAGUUAUGUUCGGUAUUUUAAUAUUGAUUAGCGUUGUGAAUCCGAUUUUGUUAUUAGCUUUAGCAGUUGCUGUUAUUAUUUAUUUGUUAAUUUUGAAAUUAUAUAUGCGACCGUCACAAGAUCUGAAACGUUUAGAAGGAAUAUGUCGAAGUCCGGUAUUUUCACAUUUAUCUGCAAGUUUAACUGGUAUAUCGACAAUACGCGCAAGAGGAUUACAAGAAAAGGUAAUUGAAGAGUUUGAUGGAUUACAAGACGUUCAUAGUGCUGUUUGGCAAUUAACAAUGUCAGUUAAUACUGCUUUGGGUUUAUGGUUAGAUUGCGUCAGCUGUGCAUUUUUAGCUUCAGUUGCAUUUAGCUUUAUUCUUCUUUAUCAAAAUACGUUCAGUGGUAAUGUAGGAUUAGCGAUUUCACAGGCCAUGAUUUUAACAGGAAUGGUGCAAUAUGGCGUACGUCAAGUUGCCGAAUCAGUACAACAAAUGACUAGUGUUGAACGUGUUCUUCAAUACACAGAACUGGAACAGGAAACAAAAAGCUAUUCAGCAUCACCAAAAGGAUGGCCAAGUUCUGGAAAAGUAUCAUUUAAGAAAAUGAGCUUGAGAUAUGAUUUAGAAAAACCACCGGUACUUAAAAAUUUAAAUAUAACAAUCGAACCUAGUUGGAAAGUGGGUAUAGUUGGUCGCACUGGUGCUGGAAAAUCUUCUCUUAUUGGUGCUUUAUUUCGAUUAGCACCAAUAGAAGGAGAAAUUUUAAUUGAUAAUAUUGAAACAGGAUCAAUUCCAUUGUCAGAUUUAAGAACAAAUAUUUCGAUUAUCCCACAAGACCCAGUGCUAUUCUCUGCAACAAUUAGAUAUAAUUUAGAUCCAUUCGGAAAAUACAGUGAUAGUGAAAUCUGGAAAGCAAUCGAAGAUGUUGAAUUAAAGCAGGCAAUUUCUGAUGGCUUAGAUUUUAUGGUUACCGAAAGAGGUAGCAAUUUUAGUGUUGGGCAGCGACAACUAAUUUGUUUGGCUAGAGCUAUUUUGCGUAACAAUAAAAUAUUGGUUCUUGAUGAAGCUACAGCAAAUGUGGAUCCCCAAACUGAUGCUCUUAUCCAAAAAACAAUUCGGGAAAAAUUCAAAAAUUGUACUGUCUUAACUGUUGCGCAUCGUUUACAUACUGUCAUGGAUUCUGACAGAAUUUUAGUUAUGGAAGCUGGUUCUGCCAAAGAAUUUGAUAUUCCACAUUUGUUGUUACAAAAUCUUAACGGAGAUUUAAGACAAAUGGUAGAGGCAACUGGACCACAUGAUGCCGAAAAUCUAAAAAGAAUUGCUAAACAAAGCUAUGAAAGAAGUAAAUCUCUUCAUUAAAAUUUGUGUAAAAAAAUAUGCAUUUGUAAGGCAUAAUAUGCACACAUACUUAUACAUUAUGUACAUUAAUUUUUAAUAAUUUUAGUUUAUAGUUUAUUUUUAUAGUAUGCUGUUACUUAAUAUAAGUUUACAUUUAAAAAAAAAUGUUCACACUUAAAAUAGCUCAUAUAAAUUAUUUUUUUUUUCAUAUUUUAAAUUAAUUUUAUUUUGGAAAUUAAAAAUUAACUGCCAUGGAAUGCAUUCAAGUACAUAAUUAAAACAUGGAUUCCUUAAAAUUUUUGAAGAUAAUAACAAAUUUCUCACAAAAGUGCCUCUAUUUUCAUAAUCCAAUAAUAUACUAUAGUUCACAAUAUCUUAACGUUAAACUGUUCAAGCAAAAU